ACCCGAGAUUUCUCUUACUUAUUUGAAGAAAAGUAUUUUUAUAAAUCGAUAUUUUGGAUUUGGGAAAACUAAGUUCUUGAUAACCAAUCUUUAAUCUAGCUUACGGGUUCUCACAAACUGGAACAUUGUAUUGUGUACUAGUUGUCAAAGUGAUUGAUGGUUUUUCUACUAGCAUCUUUAAAAAAUAGAAAGAGACUGCCACUCUUUAAUGGAUCUAAUUCGCCGCUUUACAAUUGCAUUUAAAGGAUGAGUGAUCUUUUUGGUAGCAAAAGCAAUUUUGAGGAGAGAGUCACACACACAAAGAAGACAAGAGAAGAAGAUGCAGCGAGAGAAAGAUAACAAAAAAGAAGAUUGUUGCAAGGUCAUUCCUCAGCCUGUUAAGGCUUUCAUCAGGUGUCUGAGAUUCAGACGCUCGUCUUCUUCUUCUUCUUCAGACAUGGCCAAAGCUAAACCAAGACAAAAUGAGGAGAAACUAGAAGAUUCAGCUAUUGAAACUUCAACCAGGAGUAUCAAGCUAAUGGGUAAAAGGAUAAGGAAGCAACCGGUUAGCUCAGGAAAACGAGGUGGAGUUAACAACUACGACAUGUAGCUAAGAGUCUUCUUUAUGUAGAAUUGGAUCAUCUUGGCUACUCUCUAUACGAAACUUGCUUUGCUUCUCAACAAUAUGAUGUCAGUAUUAUAUAAUUCCAUAUUCAAUCAAAAAGGGUUCUUAAGCUAGCAAUAAGACUCAAGCUAGACUCGGAUUCUGAAAAACGGGUAAGAGAAAAGUGGGAUCUGAGUGACGAUCACCUUCUAGGCGCUUCUACUUCUUAGCUUGCUUUGCAAGAUAACUUGUGGUGGAUUUAGAGAAACGAGUGAUUGUGAAGAACAAUCGCCAUCCUUUAACGAUCCCUUCCUUAAAGCUCCUAGCUUUUUUAGCCACCAUUGGUUCUUUUCCCUCUCUCUGUAAAAUAACGAUAUUGCAUAUUAAGUCCUCCAUUUAUGCUUUGUUUAGUACAUAAACCUAUUACUUUUAUUUUAACAAA